ACAUGAGCAGUGUGACCGAAGUCCAAAAAGUUACAAAUGUGAAUCCAAAACCCCAAAACAGAGUGGAUUUCUCUGAAAAAAUUUCACAGCAAUAAAAGGUGGGAACAUGGAGCCUACCAGGCAUACCUCGUCAGAUCCCUUCUUCUGGGCCCCAUCUUUUUCCUCACUCCAACGGCGUUCCUUCCCCUUCAGACCACUUCCUCAGUCCCUCAGACACCACAGUGACUUUUAGAGAGAGAGAGAGAGAGAGAGAGAGAGAGCGUCUCUCAGAUUUUUCAAUUUUUUGUAAUCUCCAAAGAGAGAUUUGGGUUUUGCCAAAGUUUGAACUUUUUCGGGGUCCUCAUUGAUUUCAGCCAACUGGGUUCUUCGACUUGAGGAGGAAAGAUGGAUUUUUUGCUUCCUUGUCCUUAGAUUUGAAUCCUGAGUGGCGUUUACAUCUUGCGCGACUGCACUGAAUUUGAGUCAUUCGGAAAGAGGGAAAGUUUGUAGAUAUGGAUAUCGGAGAUGAUAGCUCGAGGUUCUGUUCUUUACCGGCUACAACUUCAAGGAAUAUGUCCACCUCAUCUUCAGCAUUCUUUUCAGCAAACCAGUCGCCAUUUUUCUCCCCAAGAUCACCAUCUUGUCAACUAUCUGAAUCAACAAGGUCUGAUGCUCCAUGUGAUAGCAUGGUUUUAAGUACAGAUCCCCUUAGUUCCAGCUCUGGAAUUCCAGACCUUGAAUCUCUAGCAAAUGUAAGAUAUAAAUUGUCAAACAUGUCACUGGCCCCAGCUGCUUCAGUCUCAGGCGAUUUUGAGAAGUUUGACCGCGUGUCUUCCUCAACAGCCAUUUCUAAUAGCAUUCUAUCUAGUCACAGCCAUGCCUGGGUCUAUGAGUAUUCUGGGCAAAGAGAGAGGCAGAGAAAGCAUGGGACAAACUCUGGAGACUCAUAUAUAUCUGGUCCAGUUUCAAUGACAUCUAAUAGACUGAGGAGCUGUGAUGUUUUCAUAGGUUUGCAUGGCCGUAAACCUUCUUUGCUGAGGUUUGCUAAUUGGCUCCGAGUUGAGUUGGAAGUUCAGGGGAUGAGUUGCUUUGUAUCUGAUAGAGCUCGAUGUAGGAACUCUCGCAAACAUGGAAUUGUUGAGAGGGCCAUGGAUGUCUCAUCUUUUGGGAUUGUCAUCCUAACAAGGAAGUCAUUCCGAAAUCCAUAUACCAUCGAGGAACUUCGAUUUUUCGCAAGCAAGAAGAACUUGGUCCCAAUAUUCUUUGAUUUGAGUCCAGGUGAUUGCCUUGUCAGGGAUAUUGUUGAGAAGAGAGGAGAGCUGUGGGAAAGACAUGGGGGAGAGUUAUGGAUUUUGUAUGGAGGACUCGAGAAGGAGUGGAAAGAAGCCCUUCAUAGCCUCUCCCGGGUGGAUGAAUGGAAAUUGGAGGCUCAGGAUGGUAACUGGAGAGAUUGUAUAUUAAGGGCUGUCACAUUAUUAGCAAUUAGAUUAGGGAGGAGAAGUGUUGUAGACCGUUUAAGCAAGUCGAGAGAGAAGGUGGAGAAAGAGGAGUUUCCUUUCCCUCGAAAUGAGAACUUUAUUGGCAGGAAGAAGGAACUGUCUGAGCUGGAAUUCAUACUUUUUGGCGAUGUCAGUGGAGAAGCAGAAAGAGAUUAUUUUGAGCUUAAGGCUAGGCCUAGACGAAAGAACUUGACAAUUGGGUGGGGUAGGAGCAGUUCAUUUGAUGAAAGGCGAAGGGAACGAAAACUGGAGAUUGGAAGCAGAAAAGGAAAAGAACCAGUUGUGUGGAAGGAGUCAGAGAAAGAGAUUGAGAUGCAAAGCACAGAAAUUCCUCAAAGACAAUCAAAGCCAAAAAGUGGUGGAAGAUAUUCAAGGAGAAAAAGAUCAACAAAGGUUGUGUAUGGGAAGGGAAUUGCUUGUGUGUCGGGGGACUCGGGAAUUGGCAAGACAGAACUUCUUCUUGAAUUUGCCUACAGAUAUCACCAGAAGUACAAGAUGGUUUUAUGGAUAGGAGGGGAAAGUAGGUAUAUUAGGCAAAACUACUUGAAUCUCUGGUCGUUUCUAGAAGUCGAUGUAGGGGUUGAAAAUUGCUUUGACAAAAACAGAAUCAAAAGCUUUGAAGAACAGGAAGACGCAGCCAUAGCUAGAGUACGCAGAGAACUCAUGAGAAACAUGCCAUUUUUGGUGGUGAUUGAUAACUUAGAAAGUGAAAAGGAUUGGUGGGACCACAAACUUGUAAUGGAUCUUCUUCCCCGUUUUGGUGGGGAGACGCACAUAAUAAUAUCCACACGCCUUCCUUCUGUGAUGAAUUUGGAGCCUUUGAAACUCUCGUACUUAUCCGGGGCAGAAGCAAUGUCGCUCAUGCAGGGUAGCGUAAAAGAAUACACAGAAAAUGAAGAAUUGGAUGCUUUACGGGCUAUUGAGGAGAAAGUGGGACGCUCAACCUUGGGACUUUCUAUUGUAGGUGCAAUAUUGUCUGAGCUGCCCAUACUUCCAAGUAAGCUGUUGGAAACAACUAAUAGAAUGCCGUUAAAAGAAUUUUCAUGGAGUGGCAGGGGGACUAAUUUGUUGAGGCGGCAUACUUUCCUUCUGCAACUCUUCGAGGUGUGUUUCUCGAUUUUUGAUCACGCAGAUGGACCGAGGAGCUUGUCAACAAGAAUGGUCCAGGCAAGUACUUGGUUUGCACCGGCCGCGAUUCCAGUUUCUUUGUUGGCCCAAGCUGCUCACAAGAUACCUGAAAAGCAUCAAGGGAUGUGGUUCUGGAGAAAGCUGAUGAAGUCUUUAACUUGCGGCUUUACCUCAUCAUACACCAAAAAAUCAGAAGCAGAAGCGACUUCCACGUUGUUAAGGUUUAACAUUGCUAGAAGUAGCACCAGGCAGGACCAUAUCCAUUUCCAUGAACUUGUCAAGCUUUAUGCUCGCAAGAGAGUUGUGAGCGGAGUUGCACAAGCGAUGGUUCAAGCUGUUAUCAGCCGUGGAUCAAUAUCUCAACACUCGGAACACAUCUGGGCAGCCUGUUUCUUAAUAUUUGGAUUCAGCCAUGACCCUGUGGUCGUUGAGCUUAAGGUUUCGGACCUGCUGUAUCUUGUCAAGGAAGUGGUUUUGCCUCUUGCAAUACGGGCCUUCAUAACAUUCUCUCGUUGCAAUGCUGCCCUAGAACUCCUCCGCCUAUGCACCAAUGCCCUGGAAGCAGCAGACCAAGCGUUUGUAACCCCAGUUGACAAGUGGCUCGAUAAAUCACUUUGUUGGAGGCCAAUCCAGACUAAUGCUCAGCUGAAUCCUUAUCUUUGGCAGGAGCUUGCGCUAUCAAGAGCCACAGUGCUAGAAACUAGGGCCAAGCUGAUGCUAAGAGGGGGACAAUUCGACAUAGCUGAUGAUCUAAUUAGGAAGGCGCUUUUUAUCAGAACUUCUAUUUGUGGUGAAGAUCAUAAAGACACCGUAGCUGCUCGCGAAACUCUUAGCAAAGUCACCAGGCUUCUUGCAAAUGUUCAAAUUCAUACUUCACCAUAGAUCCCAUUUUUUUUCAUAAGCAGAUUUUAUUCUAGCAUUUAUGGAGUCUGAAAUAAAACAGUUGUAUACCCCCUUCUGAUAGAUUUUCUAUACCAAUUUUUAGUCCGAAAGAGAUUCCAUUCCUUUCGCAUAACAUCAUCAUUUCUUGUUAUGCUUAUGUGAAUAACAUUUGUCUGCCUCCGGAUUGGGGAUUAAAAUUUU